GGCAGCGAGGAGCCACCCAGCAGCCGGGCUGUGAUUGGGCAGAGGAGUGGGGUUCUCGACACAGCGUGGUGCUGACUUCUCCGGGACGUGUUUCAACAGAUGGUCGAGGUUAGAGAGUGUCAUCACAUCGGAGAGAGGAUUAGAGGAGAGAGGUAGUCUUCCAGGAGCUGUGUGGUCCCUCCCUUCGCGCUCUUGAAACUGAAAAUCCCAGCGCCAAGACGCAAACCCCUCCAUGCGCAAAAAGGAAGAUCCAGGGAAGGAUACAUCUGAGAGGAAUCUUUAGCCUCUCCUCUUGCUCAGCCAACAUUCUCUGCUGCCUUCCAGCACACACAGCCUGUGAAGGCCAUAUGAUUGUGAGUGAGUGGCCUGGCCAGUCCUCUGCUCCCUCCCAUCUCUCCAUUAUUCCUCCCACCGCCCCAUCCAGUGGCCUGUUGGAUCAGUUGGAUCGGACACCAUGCUGAUUCUCUGGCUGUCCUGGUUGGCCUUGCUGUCUCUGGACUGGACUCCAGGCAGCUGGGCCUUUACCACCACCAGGGCCCAGGGGCUUCGGGGUCGCAUCCAGCGAGACCGUAGAAACAUCCGGCCCAACAUCAUCCUCAUCAUGACCGACGACCAGGAUGUUGAGUUGGGUUCUCUACAGGUGAUGAAUAAAACUCGUAAGAUAAUGGAAGACGGUGGCACGUCCUUCAUCAAUGCCUUUGUCACCACACCAAUGUGCUGCCCGUCACGGUCCUCCAUGCUGACGGGGAAGUAUGUCCACAACCACAACACUUACACCAACAACGAGAACUGUUCCUCCCCGUCUUGGCAAGCUCAACACGAGCCGCGGUCCUUUGCGGUCUACCUCAACAACACAGGCUACAGGACAGCCUUCUUCGGCAAGUACCUCAACGAGUACAAUGGCAGCUACAUCCCACCUGGGUGGCGCGAAUGGGUUGGGUUGAUUAAAAAUUCCCGCUUCUAUAAUUACACCGUCUGUCGGAAUGGUUACAAAGAAAAACACGGCGCUGACUAUGCCAAGGACUAUUUCACGGAUCUGAUCACCAACGAUAGCAUCAGCUUCUUCCGCAUGUCCAAGAAGGUCUACCCUCACCGUCCUGUGAUGAUGGUUAUCAGUCACGCUGCUCCUCACGGCCCAGAAGACUCAGCCCCACAGUACGCCGAGUUCUUCCCAAAUGCUUCGCAGCACAUAACCCCCAGCUACAACUAUGCCCCAAAUAUGGACAAACAUUGGAUCAUGCAGUAUACGGGCCCCAUGAAACCAAUCCACAUGGAGUUCACCAACUUUCUGCAUCGGAAACGGCUGCAGACGCUGAUGUCCGUCGACGACUCUGUCCAAAAGGUUUACGAGAUGCUGGAGGAAACAGGAGAGUUGGACAACACCUACAUCAUUUACACAGCUGACCACGGCUACCACAUUGGCCAGUUUGGGUUAGUCAAGGGGAAAUCAAUGCCGUAUGAUUUUGACAUCAGAGUACCGUUCUUCCUAAGAGGGCCGAAUGUGGAGCCAGGGGCUGUAAACCCUCAUGUGGUGCUGAACAUCGAUCUAGCGCCCACCAUUCUCCAUAUUGCUGGUCUGGACACUCCUCCAGACAUGGAUGGAAAGUCGAUCCUCAAGCUGUUGGAACAGGAUCGGACUGGCAAUAGAUUUAAGCCCAACCGGAAACCCAAAGUCUGGAGAGACACAUUCCUGGUGGAGCGAGGUAAGAUCCUGAGAAAGAAGGACGACUCCAUGAGCACUCAACACACCAACAGCCUUCCCAAACACAAGAUGGUCAAAGCGACGUGCCAGCAGGCUGAAUUCCAGACGGCAUGCGAGCAACCGGGACAGAAAUGGCACUGUGUGGAGGAGAUCUCAGGGAAGUGGAGGCUACAGAAGUGUAAAGGGGGGUCAAAAGACAGCUCCAGGCAGAGAGCCCGGAGCGCGAAGCCCCGCAGUAGCCAUGACAACAGAGAAAAGAUCUGCGACUGCGAGGAGAUGCUUUACAAACCAUCCAGGACUGACCGGCGCUCCCAUCGGCGAUUCUCCUCACCAAACCAACGUUACCGUCCUCGGUUUGUCCACACACGACCCGCCCGAUCACUGUCUGUUGAGUUUGAGGGUCAGAUAUAUGACAUCGACCUGCAGGCUGAUGACCAGUCAGGCAUACGCCGACGCAUCAUCUCAAAGCGCCACCAUAACCAGGAGGACCCCGAGUUUGACCUGGGCACUGAUGACGGUUCAGAGGAGAUGCUGGCAGAUGAUACCAACGCUGUGGGAUACCCCAACUCUCUGAAAGUUACCCACAAAUGUUAUAUCUUGACUAAUGACAGCGUCCACUGUGAAAGAGAAAUCUACGAGUCCUCCAGAGCGUGGAAAACCCAUAAGACCUACAUAGACCAGGAGAUCGAACUUCUUCUUGACAAAAUCAAGAAUCUCCGCGAGGUCAAAGGUCACCUGAAGAGAACACGACCGGAUGAGUGCGACUGUGGAAAGAGCUAUUAUGGCAAAGGACUGAGAAACAAGGAAGAGAGACUGAAGAGCAGGAACGAUCAGCUGCAUCCGUUUAAGGAGGCCGUGCAUGAAACUGAUGGGAAGGCGCAGCUGUACAAUGAGAUUCGCAGGAGGAAGAAAGAAAGGAAGGAGAAGAAGCGUCAUAGGAAAGGAGACGAUUGCAGCCUGCCGGGCCUCACCUGUUUCACCCAUAACAACGACCACUGGCAGACCGCUCCCUUCUGGACACUGGGUGGAUUCUGUGCAUGCACCAGCUCCAACAAUAAUACCUACUGGUGCCUGAGAACCAUCAAUGAGACCCACAACACGCUUUUUUGCGAGUUUUCUAGUGGCUUCCUGGAAUACUUCGACCUCAACAGUGACCCCUACCAGCUGACCAAUGCAGUGUUUGCCGUGGAUCGUGAUGUUCUGAACUCACUCCAUGUUCAGCUGAUGGAAAUGAGGAGCUGCCAGGGUCACAAGCAGUGCAACCCUCGUCCUAAAGGCCUGGAUGCAGCAUACAGCCAGUAUGGGAGGGACGACAGGGUUAAGCUGCCCAACCUGACCGAUGAGGAGGUGAACUGGCAGGCGCUGGAGGACUUGUACAGCAUAAACGAAAGCCUAUAUGAGUGUAGGCCUGACUACAGCCCCUGCCCAGACAACUGGGCCAACUUCCAGAAGGACGUUGAUCAAAUGUUUGCACUGAGACUCAUUUUAAACCAAUUGAACCGAACCCAAAUGCUUGAUGACUCCACCCUGCCAGAGCUGGGCUCUGGGGCCGGGGGUGGGAGCCCUGAAGAGGGCAGCGGAGAAGGGCUGGCGUCCAGCAGCGACGUCUGGCCGGGCCUGUCCGCAGAGACCCGCCUCGCCACCCCCGCCCCCAGCAGGCCAUCAGCACCACCCACACUGGAAAAGAAACUGGAAUCUGUCACGAACGACCUCCCCGAGAGCGCCGCCAGUGGAAGGUCUGUUCUGCGCGGCGGAGACGAGGCCGUCUUCGGGAGCGACGCGCGGGCGUGGCAGCUGGAGGAGGUGGAAAGGGAAAUGUUUAGCGGGAACGGAAUGACGGAGCUAGAGACGCAACACGACAGCCUCAUGCGUGCUCACGCCAGCCUGCAGGCCCAGUUAGAACCCGGCCACGUCGGGGCCAAAGGUCCAGAGGAGGACAUUUUCCAGGCCCAAGGCUUCAUCCCUUUCUCCCCACAGACUCUGAGGCCAAAGGUGACAGCCACCACCUCCAUCCCGACGAUGGGAGUGACGCUGAACACCCUCCCUCAGCCGUUGCCGCCCCUCAGCGUGGAAUACGAGGGCAGUGGCUCCCUACUCACCAAUCAGACCCUCUGAGGAAGACUCGCGCUCUGGCCAAUCAGCCAGAAAGCUCCCGGCUGCCAUAGUGACACAGACACUGAUAAAGGGACGAGCUCUGCAGGAGCUAAAGGCCACCUCAGUCAGUCAGAGCUGUACGAUUAUUAAACAUGUUUAUUUUUGUUACUGGUGCCUGCAUUUAUUGGUAAACAUUACUAAUAAAUGUAAACAAGCGUUUUUUCCUCUGCUGUAUAUAAAUAAAUAAAUAUGAAAAAGGCCUUCAAGCAGCUGAGCUCGUAUUAAAGGUGAUUAUUUCCGUAUAGAGACAUUGAGUGUUUUAAUAUUUAAUAUUUUUUUAUGUGAAACAGUGAGUGGUGAAACCAUCAACAGCUGAAUGGUGAGGUGUUUGAACCCGAAACGACACGGAUCCCAAAGGCACUUACGGACAUUUCCACUGUUUUCUACAAAUCAAAGUUUUACAGCUUUUGUGCAACAAGAUGAUUUUGAAAGUUAUUUUUUCAUGGUCAAGACAAUCACAGCUGCCACAAACAUGAAAAUAAUGUUUUUCUAUUCAUCACACUUUACAUGCUUUUAUUUUGAAGUUUCAAUGACCGAUAAAAAAACAAAACCUAAAUGUUUUUUUUUUGAUGAUGUAAGACUUGAAUAAUUUAGAGUGCAACUUGUCAUAAGUGUACGGUUUGUAAAAUUAUCUGCAGCUUUAUUUUUGUUCCAAAAAAAAAACAUUUUCCUCUUCAAACUGUCUCAAUAAAGCCAACAUGCUACGUGUUUCAAA